AUGCCCGAAUUCGACGAUGUCUUGCAACCGGCACAUUACAGGCCGCAACUAGAUUACAAUCCGAUGUCGUCCAUCGAGAGAUAUUCUGUUUUGUUGAAAGACGGCGAAACAACGGCAACGAUAUAUCCAAUCCAAGGCCCGGGCGACCUACCGGCAGGGUUGUUGGCGUUUUUGUGUGACGAAUUCAAUAUUGAAAUUGAUCGCGGCGACACUUUCUCGUUUUUCGACGCGUUGCAUGUAGAAGCGUUUCUGAACUACUGGUUCGGCGCUUUUGCCGGAGUCAUGGUUCUUGGAGACUCUCCAACGCUAGAGGGUCCAAAACAGUGGGAGAAGGAGUGUUUGGGAACGUUUUUCGUAAAGCCAAACUACCCAGGAAGAGCGUCACAUGUGUGUACCGCAGGCUUUUUAGUCAACGCCGGUAUUCGCGGGAAGGGUAUCGGUAGAACUUUAACGGACUGCUUUCUACAGUGGGCUCCAAGGCUAGGAUAUACAUAUUGCGUAUUUAAUUUGGUUUUUGAAACGAAUGUGGCUGCGCGUCGAAUCUGGGAGUCUCUCAACUUCAAGAGAAUUGGACGUAUCAAAUCCGCAGGAAUUUUAAAGGGCCAUGAAACGGCAGUAGAUGCAAUUAUUUAUGGAAGGGAGCUUGUGGCCAUCGCCGACUCUUCCCUUGGCGCAUACAGAUUCGACAAGAUCAAACUAUAUUUGGAGACAGGCAAAUACCCAGCCAUGGCAGAUCGACAGGAGAAAUCGCGGCUUCGUUCUUCAGCAUCGCAUUAUCGUCUAGAAAAAGGAAAGUUGAUGUUGCGAGAUAAGGAAGUCGUCUCUGACCCUGUACAACAGUUGCAAAUCUGUACUGAAGUGCACUUAUCCAACCACGGAGGAAUUAACAAGACAACAUCAGCAGUAGCCGAAAAGUAUCAUUGGACCCGUAUCAAGGAUACCGUGGCUGCUGCGAUCAAAAAUUGCAUCACCUGUCGCGAGUCCAUCAAAGACGAACCUAUCAUGAAACGCGCUGCAGCUUCCAAGAAGGUCCUAGAUAUGCGGGGCUAUCGUCGUGGGAAUGACGAUGUGGACUCCAUGUCUGCAAUGCACCACAUGCCUAACAGGGAUACCGAUGGUCUUCUUCUGCAUGAUCUUAACUUAGACGAUGGGUUGAUUGCCGCCGUGGAAGCAGUCCAAAAGACAGGAAAUAACCGUGGCGAUGAUCUGUCAAUCGGGCGCCAUAAUCAUAAUCACGGCCACGGUCACGGUCACAGUCACAGUCAAGCGCCGCAAAGAGUGCUAUCUCAUCAGACAGCGCAAAGCUAUGCUCCAGUAGCGGCUGCUGCAGUGGCUAACGCUGUUGGAAACCAUUCAGCACACCUGUACUAUCUGAAUCAAUUCCUGUCGAACUACCUGAGCAAGUUCUCGCCGCAAAAGUCUCAAGAUCCGCGCCGUGACAAUGUUCCAGUCGAUCCUGACGUCUCGGCAUAUGACCAUAGUGUGGACUCUGGCGGUGACGAGAUAGCAAUCGCUCAAGCCUUACUUCAUUCCAAUAAUGUGGACGAGCACCGUCAUGGACAGCGCCAUGGCCAAAGCAAACAGUCAGAUAGGACCGAGGAUGAUAAUUUGUUUAUGGAAAACGAUUAG